AUGAGCCUGCCUAAUGUCAAGUACAUCAUUAAGAGAAUAGUUAAAAUAAAAUCUUCAGACCCAAGAAAGCGGCUUGUAGGACCUAGAAAGAUUAGGGCCAAAGCUAUCAGAAGAGUUGACGAGAUGUAUAAAAAAGAGAAUAUAAUCGAGGGAACCAAGUUUGGGGGAAUGGUGGUGUGUGAGGUAUUCGGUAUUGUUAUUGGGGAGCGAUGUCCUUGGAAUGCAAAUAUAUACAGAUAUGCGAAUAUAUUUAGAGAGCCAUACAGGGCAGCUAUACUAGUAAUUGUAAUUGUAAUGACAAUGAUAUUGAUAAUGAUAAUGAUAAUGAUAAUGAUAAUGAUAAUGAUAAUCUUCUGGUGUACUAAGAGCAAAUUAGAGCCAAAAAAUAAUGCGAAUACGAUUGAGAAUGAGGAUGAGGCAAUAUUGCGUGGAUCAAUUGCAUGUCUAUUUUAG